GUAAAGCUCGCAAUUUUGAGGGCGAAGUCUGCUGAUCCUUGUUUUUUAUAUACGUGUGAAAAUGGUACGCGUUAAUUUUGGCGUGUGAAUCACCGAAAAGCAUUUAUAUUGCCUCGUCAUAUCAGCGGAUCUCUUUCCCAAAUUGGAAUAUUAGAUAUCCAAAAGGGAUAUCCUCUAGAUCAGGUUGGAGAUCUAGAACCAUAAAUCUAUACAUCCAGUUUCACAUCUGACCCACGCCGGUGUGUCUCAUUUUCUACCGUAGCUGUUGAUCAGCAUGGGCCAUGAGCCUGUGAUAGUGCUGGACAACGGCGGAUCGUCCUGCAAGAUUGGGUUAGCUGGACAGUCCGAGCCAUACAGAGUGUUUCCCAAUGCGAUUGGACGCGCAAAGGGGGAGCGGCAGAGCUUCGUCGCUGACCAGUUGCUGAGCUACAGAGAUGCCUCCUCGCUGGUGCUAAAGCGGCCGUUUGACAGGGGCUACCUGGUGAAUUGGGAUGUGGAGAAGGCAGUCUGGUGGCGGGCGUUCAAGUCCCUGUUGCAGAUGCAGCCGCAGGAUUGCGGCCUGCUCAUGACCGAGCCGCCCUUCAACCUGCCCAGCAUCCAGGCUUCCACCCUGCAGAUGGUGUUUGAGGAGUACGGCUUCAGGAGCUUUGCGGCGAUGCCGGCGCAGCCGCUGAGCUUGCGCGCGUGGGCGGCCGAGCGCGCCGAUCUGCCGGCGGCGGCUGCGGGCGUUGGCGUGGUUGUGGAUGCAGGCUUCUCGUUCACGCACGCAGUGCCGCUGUGCGACGGGCGCGUGCUGUGGCCGGCCGUGCGGCGUGUCAACCUCGGCGGCAAGGCGCUCACGAAUUACCUGAAGGAGCUCGUCUCAUAUCGGAGCAUAAACAUGAUGGAGGAAACAUAUUUAGUGGAGCACAUCAAGGACACUGUCUGCUUUGUGUCCGCCGACCUGAGGGCUGAUCUGGCGGGCGCGCGCGCCGGGGCACACAGACUAGAGUAUGUGCUGCCGGACGGUGUGAACGAGCAGCUAGGCCACGUGCGUCAGCCGCAGCCGCGGGAGAGGGGCAAGCAGGCCGCCGCCGACAAGUCCAGCCGGGAACAGGUGCUGAUGCUGAACAACGAGCGCUUCAUGGUGCCGGAGGUCCUGUUCCAGCCGUCAGACAUCGGCUUGGAGCAGGCGGGCCUCGCGCAGACCAUCGUGGACGCGGUGGAGGCGGCCCACCCAGACCUGCACCCGCUGCUCUACUCCAACGUCCUCUGCACUGGCGGCUCCGCCAAAUGCCCCGGCUUCCGGGACCGCCUGUACAAGGAGCUGCGGCCGCUCGUGCCCGACGACAUAGAGGUGGGCGUGCACAUGCCAUCGGAUCCUGUGCUUGCAGCGUGGAAGGGGGCCUCGGCAUUUGCGACCAGCCCUGAUUACUCGCAGCAGGCCAUCACCAAAGCGCAUUAUGAGGAGAUGGGGUAUGAGAGGUUAUUAAAUCUGGCACCCGAUGCAGCAAAGGCUGCUGCGACAGGAUAUUACACAACCUCUGGGUGAACAUUUUGUAAAAUCCUUCGACUAGGAAAUAUAUUAUCGCCCUGAAUAAAGGAGCCACAGAAACCCAAAAAUUGAACCACUGGUGAAUUGAUGCAUUGAUAACCCCAAAGUACCUCCGCAUUGUAAAAUCAGGAAUAUGUAAUAGAUAGUGCAGCAUGUCCAACAGGACUUUUGCAAAGACAAGCUCUUGAGACAAUCGUCUGCAAAAAAACAGUAAAUUCACCAGUCUCAAGGUAUGCAUAUAUCAAUAUGAUGCAUCAUUACAGAAAUUCCCGUGUACGGUCUGUUUCAUGAGAGGCCCACAAAAUUUCAGUAGUAAACUACUUCACCCAGCAACCCCUUCCCCAUGAGGUUCGGAUCUGAAUGGACCAGAUCUUUGUUCAUAUUCAACCCACGAACAUCGCCUAAAAAUACCCCUAAAGUACAUAACAUGCACCCUAGGAAACAAGGUGCAGCUGCCAAUACAUUGUGCAACCAGCAGUCUCAACCCACAUUGCAUUCAAAGGACUCAAUAAAAAGGUGACCAAAACUUCAUAACUGCUGGAAUCAGCGGCUCGGCAACAAGCCACAGCCGCUGCUUCCCUCUGGCAGUGCUCCAUUUCUACAAGCACAUCAGGCGCAAAGGCAUGCAUGCUACACAUACUAAACCAAAGGUGAACAAAAACCCAUUCAUACCCAAAAGCACUUCUGAUGCUGCCAUAUCAGUAUUACUGCAACUGCAACAGAGGCGGGGCAUUUGCCAUUUCCUCACAUCUCCUCGUGCAUUCUGCUUGACACUGCUAGUGAGGGCAUGCACUGAGGCAGAGAGCAGGUCAAAUGAUUGGCAUCUCGGAAUUCCCAAAUGCAGAGAGCAGGUCAGAUGACUGGCGUGUGGGCAUUCGCCGAAACAAUAAGCAGGUCAGAGGACCGGCAUGGGGGCGGCGAGCAUGCGGAAAGGGCUUUUCUCAGGCAGGCCGGUGAGCAGGGACGAGUAGUCAGCCUCCAUCUGCUGCGCGCCUUCCUCGAAGCUGCCGCCAGCUUCC